UCGAUUAUUAUUAUUAUUAUUUUUUAAACAGUGUUUAAAAGCCUGACACACAUAACAUGUCGUGAAAGUCAACCUUAUUAAAAUAGACGAUGAUGAUGUUUAUAUUUUUGUUAGCAUAUUAUAUUCGGUGAUUUAGUUUAUAUAGAUUGUUAGACUUUUUUUUUAUCAAAAGGGGUCCUGUGUCUUUAAAGUAAAGUCUGCUCGAUGACGACAUCACUCUAUUGCUUUUGCCUCGCCAUGUGGAUCCUUUAAGGGGAGUUUGCAAACAGGCAUCGCUACUUUAUAUGAAAUGACCAGCCUUGCCGCUAAAGAUGCGUACCUACAAAAACUAGGUAGCAAAGUGUGUGCCGCACAGAAACUACAACUACGCAAAAGGCCAUUUGUUCCAUACAGGGGUGGGGAGGCAGGCCAGCCCAAGACUAAAAAGAAGAGCAGACAGAAACCUCCGGGAGGGAAGAAGUAUGACAGACAAGGGAAGCUGCCUCCUGCUGCUGCUGCUGAUGCAACUGCACUGAAGACAGGGGAGAAAGUGCCAGUCAAGGCUGCACAGAAUGGAGAUCCCAAACCAGUGCAAAGUGGAGACGCUAAGCCACUUGAGAAUGGGACGCCAGUAAAAGGUGUAAAGGCGGCCCACAGUUCCUUCUUCACUGUAGAUAUUUUACGCCAGAGACUGCAUGAGAAAAUUGAGGAGACUCGUGGCCAUGGCAAUGCUAAGGGGCUGUCAGCUGAAGAACUGGAGAGGAAACGCUCAAGGAGGAAGCAGGAAAGAGACCGCAAGAAGCGGAAGAGAAAGGAGAUACGGAGGAAGCAACUUGCUGAAAAAGAGGCUGGAGAAAUAAAAGCAGAAGAAAAAGAGGAGAAAGACCCCCAGAAUACAGUAGGAACGGCCAAGCCGGAAAGCACAUUGGUUUUCAACAAGGUGGACGUGGGGGAUGAAAUCGCCAGCAAGACUCUGCAGAAGAAGCAGAAGAAGAAGAGCGUCAAGGGCAACCUAACGCCGCUCAUCGGUAAGAAUUACAAGCAGCUGCUGAGCCGCGUGGAGGCCAGGAAGGCCAAGCUGGAGGAGCUUAGGGGCAAAGACGAGGGCAAAGCCAAGGAGAUGGAGGAGAAGAUCAAGUGGACCAACGUGCUGUACAAAGCAGAGGGGCUGAAGAUCAAAGACAACGAGGAGCUGCUGCGGGCCUCCCUGAAGAGGAAGGAGAAGAGCCAGGCGGCAAAGAAGAAGCGCUGGGGGGAGCGCAGCGAGCACGUGCUGGAGAAGAUGCAGCACAGGCAGGACAAGAGGCGCCGGAACAUCCAGAAACAGAAGCACAGCAAGAGCGAGAAGCGCAAGGACAAGGCGCGCAAAAAGGGCCGGGUGCUACCCGAGGAUCUGAAGAAGGCAAUAUGAGAGGAGGAGGAGGGGGGGGAUAUAAUGCUGCAUUGUAUGUAUUAUACAUUUUUGGAAAUGUUGAUUCUUUUUUUUUCCCCUAUAUGUAACAGUCAGUAUUAAAAGUCAUGUAGGGUUGAUUGCCCCAAUCUGAAUAAAAAAAAAAGUAGUUAAUCUGUGAUUAUGUUUUAAUCUUGGAUUAAUAUUUUUUUUUAACCUUGGAUUAAUUUUAAACAGGGAUUAAAUAUACAACCAGUUUAAAGUUUUGUGCAACAUGAUUAAAAUAUAGUCCUUGCUUUAAUCUGGGUUAGUGGUUAACGGUGGUGCAGUUGGAUUUAAAAGUACCUGCAUUUAGUUUAAGAUAAACAUGCAUCAGAUAAUAUAUAAGAAGGACUGGGAUCCAGUAUGUCUGUGCAUGACCUCAGAUGUUGUUUAAAUAAUAUCAAUAAAAUCUUGCAGACUUUUUAAAAAA